UGUCUUUAAUAUCGGUGGCAUCUCUAAGACUGUGCUGGAAUAUAAUGAACUUUGUACCUUUAGCCGUCAUUCAAACCUGGAAUUAAGACCGUUAUCCAAUUUCAACCAGAGACGUAAAGACAACAUGAUUCGAGUCCACUGAACCAAGAUGCUUUUUGGUGUUGUCAAGAUUACAGCGCAUGCGCUCUGGCCACGUCCCUGGAGCUGACGGGUAGCGGACUACAGGAGUUGUCCUUCAUAAUCUCUGAUAAUCUGUAAUUCUCCAAUUUUUUCCUACCAUUGCGAUUCAUUUUUGAAUUACUUGGCCUACUCCAUCAAAAAACAGCGCUUGAUGCUGAAAAACAGAAAAAAGACUACCAGUUUUACUUGGACAAAAUUCGAAAAUUCUUUGUUACCAAAAUUGUAACAAAGAUCGUGGAAACUUUUUCCUGAUUUUUAUUGGAUACUUGAUCAGCAAAAAAUAUAAUUGCAAUUCCUAAGGUCAAACCGUUUACAUAUCUAAUAGUAAGAGUUAUCUACACGGGUUUCCAACAUGGCGUAUGACGACAUAUUCGCAGUGAUAGGAGACUUCGGACCUUACCAGAAGAGAAUCUACGUCUUACAGACGCUCCCUGUUGUUUUUGCCGCCAUACAGACAUGUCUGUCCGUCUUCAUACUGUUUUCUCCAGAUCACAGAUGUGCAGUCCCUCACCUCCAUAACGAUACAUUCCUAAUUCUGAGUCAUCAUCACGAACGGCUUGUUAACCAAUCAGUACCGCUUGACCUCCAAACACACUCCAGCAUCGGUGAGGGCAAACGUUACUCCAAGUGUGAAGUCUUCAAAAGGCGCUUGAAUUCUUCUAAGAGGACCGACGUGACCACGGUCCAUAAUUCAACUGAAUGUGGGCGAUGGGUGUUCGACAAACGGGAAUUUGACAGUACUUUUGUCACAGAGGGUAAUCUGGUGUGCAGGAAGAAGUUACAUCGAACACACGCUAUGAUGUCGUUCAUGGCUGGUUUUACUGUGGGCUCGUUGUUUAUAGGGGUUCUCUCUGACAGGUUUGGAAGGAAGAGUGCUCUCAUGAUAAGUAUUGUUGUCCAUAUUUGUUCAAACGUCCCUCUGUCCUUCAUCAGUGAUUUCUGGGUCUUCUCAACGCUUCGCUUCUUCUCGGGCCUUUCCGUCGGUGGUCUUGUAAGCACCACAUAUGUAAUGGACCUGGAGUUAGUCGGACCCGACAUGAGGAUGCUGGCGGGGAUGUUUUUCCAGUUAUUCUGGAGUGCUGGUGUUUUCCUUCUGGCUGCGUUGGCGUUCCUCAUCAGGGACUGGCGUUACCUCAAUCUCGCCACUUCUCUCCCAACCAUUCUCUUACUGUCAUAUUAUUGGCUAGUUCCAGAGUCUACACGCUGGCUAAUAGUCCGAGGGAGGCACAAAGAGGCAGAAAGAAUCCUAAUGCAUGCUGCCAAGGUUAACAAGCGAAAAUGCCCGGAUCGAAUUCUGAAAGGAACUGAAAACGAGGCCAAAGAUAAACGGCGUGUAUCCUGUAGGAAAUUGUGUUCAGCUCGACUUUUUGUCGUCAGAUUUUUUGUCAUAUGUUUGAAUUGGUUGGUGAUUAACAUGGAAUUUAGUGGACUGUCCUUAAACGUCACCAAUCUUGGCGGGAAUGUUUACUUCAACUUUUUUAUGACCAGUGUGGCGGAGAUUCUUGGCUUCCUGUUGUGUAUGCCCCUCCUUAACCGUGUGGGGAGGAAGCCUGUCUUUGUCCUGUCUCUUCUCUCCGGGGGCGUGGCUCUUGUGCUCACUAUAUUCCCCAUACUGUAUGGUCAGAAGGAUCAGCAGUGGAUGACGUUGGGGCUGUCCCUCGUGGGUAAGGUGGGGUCAUCUGCCGCCUUUGCCACCGUGUUUCUGUACUCCGUCGAAUUUUUCCCGACAGUCAUCAGAAAUUCGGCCAUUGGCGUGGCUAGCUUUGGUGCGAGAUUUGGCGGGAUGUUGGCUCCCUACGUUGUAGAUCUUGGCCAAAUUAUUGAAGGGGAUGUUGGAAGAGUGCUUCCGAUGGCUGUUUUCGGAUCCUCUGCAGUUAUAGUUGGUCUAAUGUCAAUGAUAUUACCGGAAACGUUGAAUCGGAAGUUACCUGAAACUAUCGAAGACACCAUCGCCUUUGAUCAAUCAAAAAAUGUCUACAGUAUUGAAUUGGAAGAAGUCUCCAGUCAGCCUCUAAACGAACCAAUCAGACCCGAUAAUUCAGAGCCUUGACGACAACUAAUAAGAGCCGACGAUUCAUAGCCUUGAAGACAACCAAUCAGAGCUGACGAUUCAGAGCCUCAACAACAACCAAUCAGAGCCGACAAUUUACAGAUAAUCUAUAUUACUCAACCAAUAAAAGGUCAUGUUUUAAUCAGGCGUACAAUUGGAAACUUUUCUACCUUCUUGCCAGCCAAUUUGUUUUUACUUAUAUCACACAGUAUUCCUAAGGAAGGUCAACUCAUAUACGUAUUAGCUUCAAGCUUUUCCUGCUGCAAUGAAUCUGGUAAAGGU